AGAUGUUUGAGGAAGAUGUAAGCGAAGAAGAUUUCGAAAGAGAGCAGUCGGAACGUCGAGAAUAUGUCAAAAAUAUUGGUAUUGAAUACAGAUUUGGAUGCUAUGAGGAAAAACGGCCCGAAAUGUGCCAGAUGUUGGGGGAAUACAUGGAAGCGAUCGAGCUAAAUUUCAAAGCGGCAUAUAACAUAUUUAAGACGAAUUGUGAGGAAAAGGGAUUUCCAAGAAGUUGUUUUAAAUAUGCUAUGUAUCUUCUGGCUGGAAGAGGAUGUGAACGCAACCGAAAAAAGAUGAUCGAACCGCUAGAGAAGUCAUGUGAAGCUAAUAUGCCAGAAGGAUGUCGUUUUUUAUCACUAGUUCAUUGGAAUGGUGAGGAAGAUAGAAAGCCCAAUCCUGAGUUAGCUGAGAAAUAUAUGAAAAAAGCAUGUGAGCUGGAAGAUGCGGAAGCGUGUUGGUUGUUAAGCACUUGGUAUAUUGGACGUAAUGCUGAAUUUGUUACACUGGGUGUAAGAAAGGCUUAUCAGUGGAACAUGGAGUCGACAAAAUGUAAAUUGUUUCUCGAAAUUUUGAUUACUUCACUUUAUAAGCGCUGAUUACUUCAUUAUUUCACUGAUUACUUCACCUUAUAAGCGCUGAAUUUUUCAACUUAACCUGCCUUCCUAGAAGCAUAGUCCACACCUGGGAGAACUUCCGCGAAAUAUCGAUUUAGCGAUCAAAUACGGUAUCCGUGCUUGUGACUUUGGUUGCUUUCAAUCCUGUGGAAAUGUUUCCAGGUUAUAUAGCCUAGGUGAUGGAGUUGAGCAUGACCCAGUGAAAGCGAAGUUAUACUUAAACAAAGCAAAAGAAGCUUACAAACGUGCUCUAUCAGGUGAUAAGGUGGAUUUCACUGGUUAACUUCAGUUAUUUCACUGAUCUUAAUCUCUAGUAGUUUGAUUAAUUCUUAUUUGUCAUUGUUUCAUUUGCAUAGGUCCACUUCACUUCUGAGCAAGAUGUUCAAUUAUUAUGUCCCUUUAUUAUGUAAUAUGUACUAAAUGAAUGCAUCUUUCUCAUGAAUCAGAUAUCAAUAAUUGUCGAUUGUUUUAUGGUUUUUAGUAUUUCCCAAAGAUCUGUAUGUUACAUUCAUUAUGGAGAUUUCUGCUGCAUAUAAAACAAUCCCCAAUCAAAAUACUGUCUUUAUAUGUAGCGAAGAUCCGAUAAAUACCAUUGCGUUAAGUUUUUAAAGUCAGUCAUACUUAUAUUUAUCUUGAUGUAUGUUACAAAUAUGGUUAUUGUUAAUCACUAGUAAAAAUAUAACAUUGUUUUUCAUGAAGAGCAGUGGAACAAAAAGUUCUAAUCACUUUGCCAGUCGGCGAACUGAAAAGAACGUGGCUUCGUUAGCGGAACUUUGUACUUGAUCAUAAUAUUAGUGGUACUGUUUAAGAAUUGUAUCUUAAUGUUUGAUAGGAUGUCGAAUAUGAUGUUUCUUUUGAUUCAAGUCUGUCGUACUCAUUUUGAUGGAAUGAAAUUCAAAUCCAG